GUCGAACAGGGGUGUGUCUCGCGGAAGUCCUUGUUCUCGAGCUCUCCGCGUUCACAGGGGUCCGUGCAGAUCGAAAGCCUCCCCAGAGAUGGCGAGACCACUGACCGACCACGAGAAGCGAAAGCAGAUCAGCGUGCGCGGUAUCGCGGGGCUGGGGGACGUGGCUGAGAUCAAGAAGAGCUUCAACAGGCACCUGCACUUCACGCUGGUCAAGGACCGCAACGUGGCCACUCCGCGAGACUACUACUUCGCGCUGGCGCACACCGUCCGCGAUCACUUAGUCGGACGGUGGAUUCGCACCCAGCAGUACUACUACGAGAAAGACCCGAAGCGGGUUCACUACCUCUCUCUGGAGUUCUACAUGGGCAGGACCCUGCAGAACACCAUGGUCAACCUGGGCCUGCAAAACACCUGCGACGAGGCCAUCUAUCAGCUCGGAUUGGAUUUAGAGGAGCUGGAGGAUAUCGAGGAGGACGCUGGACUGGGUAAUGGUGGUCUAGGACGGCUUGCAGCUUGUUUCCUGGACUCUAUGGCAACUCUGGGUCUAGCAGCGUAUGGUUACGGCAUCCGCUAUGAGUUUGGUAUCUUCAACCAAAAGAUCUCCAAUGGCUGGCAGGUGGAGGAGGCAGAUGAUUGGCUACGCUAUGGUAACCCAUGGGAGAAGGCCCGUCCAGAGUACAUGCUCCCUGUGCAUUUCUAUGGUCGGGUGGAGCAUACAGGGGCGGGGCCAAAGUGGGUGGACACGCAGGUGGUGUUGGCCAUGCCCUAUGACACUCCAGUCCCUGGAUUUAAGAACAACACCGUAAACACCAUGAGACUCUGGUCUGCCAAGGCUCCCAAUGACUUCAACCUGCAAGAGUUUAACGUGGGGGACUACAUUCAAGCCGUGUUGGACCGGAACCUGGCAGAGAACAUCUCGCGAGUGCUGUACCCAAACGACAACUUUUUCGAGGGGAAGGAGCUGCGUCUGAAGCAGGAGUAUUUCGUAGUGGCUGCCACCCUGCAGGACAUCAUCAGACGUUUCAAAUCCUCCAAGUUUGGCUGCAGGGACCCCGUGCGGACAUCCUUUGAGAGCUUUCCGGAUAAGGUGGCGAUACAGCUGAACGACACCCACCCUGCCCUGGCUAUCCCUGAACUCAUGAGGUUCUUCUUGGAUGUGGAGAAAAUGAGCUGGGAGAAGGCUUGGGACAUCACUAGGAGGACGUGUUCCUACACCAACCACACGGUGCUACCCGAGGCUCUGGAGCGCUGGCCUGUGUACAUGUUCGAGAAACUUCUGCCCAGACACCUGCUCAUCAUCUACGAGAUCAACCAGCGUCACCUGGAUAUGAUUUCUGCCCUGUAUCCGGGGGAUUCCGAGCGCUUGCGUCGAAUGUCUUUAAUCGAGGAGGGUGACCCCAAAAGGAUCAACAUGGCCCACCUGUGUGUGGUGGGCUCACACGCCGUGAACGGAGUCGCGCGCAUCCACUCCGACAUCGUCAAGAGCACAGUGUUUAAGGACUUUUACGAUGUGGAGCCAGAGAAGUUCCAGAACAAAACGAACGGCAUCACCCCUCGCCGCUGGCUUCUCCUGUGCAACCCCGGCCUGGCCGACAUCAUCGCCGAGAAAAUCGGCGAGGACUUCCUGAAGGACCUGUACCAGCUGAGGAAGCUGUUGGACUACAUCAACGACGAUGUGUUCAUCAGGGACGUGGCCAAAGUCAAACAGGAGAAUAAACAGAAAUUGGCAGUGUACCUGGAAAAACAGUACAAAGUUAAGAUCAAUCCAGAGUCCAUCUUCGACAUUCAUGUCAAGAGGAUCCAUGAGUACAAAAGACAACUACUCAACUGCCUACAUAUCAUCACCUACUACAACAGGAUCAAAAAGGAACCAAAUAAGAUGUUUGUGCCCAGAACAAUAAUGGUUGGCGGCAAGGCUGCCCCUGGGUACCACAUGGCUAAGAUGAUCAUAAAGCUGAUCACGUCAGUGGCACAGGUGGUGAAUAACGACCCAGUGGUGGGUGACAGGCUGAAGGUGAUCUUCCUGGAGAACUACAGAGUGACCCUCGCGGAGAAAGUGAUCCCGGCAGCGGACCUGUCGGAGCAGAUCUCCACGGCAGGCACUGAAGCUUCUGGAACGGGCAACAUGAAGUUCAUGCUGAACGGAGCCCUGACCAUCGGCACCAUGGACGGAGCUAACGUGGAGAUGGCAGAGGAGGCCGGAGAGGAAAACCUGUUCAUCUUCGGCAUGAGGGUGGAGGAGGUGGAGGCCAUGGACCGCAAGGGGUACAAUGCUCUGGAGUACUAUGAGAGGCUGCCAGAGCUCAGGCAGGUGAUGGACCAGAUCCGCACAGGUUUCUUCAGUCCCAAAGAACCAGAGCUGUUUAAGGGCAUCGUCAACAUGCUCAUGCAUCACGACAGGUUCAAGGUGUUUGCUGACUACGAGGCUUACAUCAACUCUCAGGAGAAGGUCAACAACCUCUACAACCACCCCAAAGAGUGGACGAAGAAGGUGAUCAGGAAUAUUGCUGCCUCCGGCAAAUUCUCUAGUGAUCGCACCAUAUCGGAAUACGCCAAGGAGAUCUGGGGGGUGGAGCCAUCAGACGUAAAGAUCCCACCACCCAAUGAGCCCAGAGACUGAGAAAGCAAUUGUGGCAGAUUGGCCAGUAAUUAGCGAUGCCUGCUCUAUCCCUCCCCUCCUUUUGACACUGCAGGUGUGUCUAGUUUAUUUUCUAGAUCUGCUAUACACUUGAUUGGUUCAGUUUGGUUGCAUUAAUGUUACCAUUGACAAGUGCAGGUUAAGCCUGGGGAAGAGGUCUCUUCUGAGACAAACUAAAACUUAACCUUUUAUAUCGUUAACUCCAUCACACCUGUAGAUUAAUCCCCAUAUGUUGCACUUAUUUUAUAAACACUGUUCAAUCCAGAUAUCGAAUAUAUAAUUCUUGGAUUAUUAAUAAUGUUUAAUUGCCUUGACUGUACACCAUAUUUAAGUGCCUCUAUAAUCCCGAUACACUGUUGAAGCACAGAUGCCAUAGCGGACGCUCAGCUAAAUAGCACUCUUAUUCUGUCGUUUGCUUGCAAGCCAAUGUGGGCUGUUGGCACCUGCUAUCCUUUAUGCUGUUAGCAAUUAGCACCUGGUUAGCCCUUGUACUGUGGUUAGCAAUUAGCACCUGCUGGCCCUUUUUAAUGAUGCUGUCAUCACAAUGGAGCAACAAGACCAGUGAAGGCCAGGGGUGUUAGUUUUAGACGUCAUAAUAUAGCUUGCCCAAUUUUCGUUCAUAGUCAUUUCUUUGAUAGAAGAGUAAGUCUAACUAUUGAUUUUUAGGUUUUCUCUCGCUCUCUCUCAAAAUUGUCUAGAAGAACUCCAUCGUGUAAUUGUUGUUUCGAACUCCACCCAUCCUACCUGGAGAUACUGGCAGAGCAGUUAGGUUACUGUGGCAACCGUUUAUGACUCCAUGUUGUCUUGUUUGCACUGCUAUAUUCAGUCUCUAUUCUACCACAUCCAACAGGAAAUUAACCACCCACAGGUGCUUUUAUAGUUAAGAGUGAGCACUUAUAAUGGCUAGAACCACAUUUUAAGUUGAAAAGAAAUUUGGUGGGCAGCAUCUGAAAAA